GUGACUUUUGCUAGCAAUUCACUUCGGAUAAAAGUUUCAUAUGGACCUUUGAAAUUUGCCCUGUGUAUACAGCAGACGGAACAUCCUGCACUGACUCAGAAAGGGCGAUGAUAUUCGCUUCGUUUACAAUACAAAUCAACUUUAACCGUAACUCUAUCCUUCGUGUCAUCGGAUCUUCAAAUCAGUCUCAGACCUCUUCCGUUCAGCCUAAUCUUAUCGCUCGAUGACUCAAGCAGUGGUUGCAAUUUUUUUAGCGCAACAAAGAUGUGGUCACGUGCGAUAAGCUGGGGUAUGGGUGUGGUUGUAUGUACGGGUGUGGUUUUUUCGUCAUUUACCCUUUUGGACAAAACCAAAACUGGGAGGAACGAGCUUAGGGUAUAAGAAGCAGGGUAUUUCUUUACCAUAAAGAGCUAACUAAGGAUCGUUGGAGGCUAGCAGAAUGGGUCUCUGUCUCUCGUGCAUACGUCCAGACUACGAUAAUGAGGACGAAUUCAAUGAAAGAAGCUCAUUAUUGGGCAAUCAGCAUCUUCACUCCGACGAGAAUAUUCAAGAGGAGCUAUUAAAACAGCAGCAGCGACAACAAGAACUAAAUGGGAUAGUUAAUGAGUUGAACGAUAACCUAAUUGAUGUUUCCACGUUUUUGAGUGAUCCUGUUGUGAGUAACGGUACAAUUCCAGCGGCCAACCUUUCAUAUCUGACCAAUAGUUUACAACCCCAAACUACUAAUGAAGAAAAUGGAACUGCUUUAGCCCAUGAACAACAAGAAGGUAUCCAGGGGAAGCAAUAUCCUUACGUCCUUAGUCCCGAAGAAAAACAGAAGAUUCUUCAAGAAGUUGAGUCUCUAGAUUCCUCAGUCAAGGAGGCUUCUAAAAUUACCUGUGAUGGUUUAUUGUAUUUAGACUUUUAAGCUCAUGGUAAGAUGGAACGCUAGCGAAAAUGAUUUAAAUUCUGCUUUAGCCCGUUUCCAUGGCUUUGAAUUUGGAUGAAUGGGUAUGUCAUUUCCCUUUGUCCAGUAUUUCGGAUUCUGAUUUUGUUCUUGUAUUUUUAGCGAUUUUCAUUUCUUCUGGUUAAUAUUUACAUACUUCAAUU